AUGGUCUCUUUGAUUAUCCUUUUUCGCUUGACCUUUGCCAUCGCGAAUAGGGUUCGCACGCUCAUGAAGGUAUUAGUGAUUGUGUCCUUUUUUGUACUUACUGGUAGCGCCUCCGCGGACAGUGGCGCACUGAGUUUGAGUGGAGCUGCGGAAGCGCUCUGUAAUGCGUCGAAGAGGCUGAAAUCGGUGUAUGCCUUCGUCCAAGCGAAAACUAAGUAUGCAACCGAGAAGGUGAGGGAGUUUGAGGAUAUGGUGGAGUUGGUGAGGUUGAAGAUUGUGAGGGUUAGGGGAAAUGAAGGGGGAAAUAGCAAUUGGACCUCGUGCACGGGGAUCGCGAAGUUUUUGAAACGUGUGGGGAGUAAAGUGAAUAGGGUGAAGAGGAGAGAAUUGAAGAGGUUGAGAUAUCUUGGAUACUCAGCGGUAGGGGCAGCAGGGAUAGCGGCGGGGAGGUUGGAUGAAAUGAUAAAUGUGUGGCGGCGCGCGUAUUCCAGUGGGAAAGGGGAUUUUUGCGUAGGAAAUAGCGAGCACCACGCGACGCGGAAUCAGUUGUUGAAUUGCUAUUUAAGUGACUCGGAGAAGGAUGAAUUUAUUUCUUUGGGGGAUAUGCACCGCAUGGAAAGGGUGGAGGAAAUGAACAUGACACGGGAGAGUAUGAACGAACUGCUUAGGCUCACUGGUGGCGGUGGAAACCCCUUGGAACGCUACGUCCACAGCGCAAACUGCCACCUAACAAACACCCGUCCGGGGGGCGGCUACCUCUCCGAAAACAGCACCUCCAGAAGAAUACUCUGGGGAGAUGGAAUUAUUUCCCUUAAACGAAGUGGAAGAGGAUUCGUUGGGGGGACAGGAAAAACCCGUGCAGAGGUUCUAAUACACGAUGUAACUUGGGAGGAAGACCCCGUUAACAACGUCCCCGUUCUUAGAAACGCCUACCGAGAGCUUCGCAAAUUUGUGAACUUGUAUACUCACAUCGAAGAGCUGGCGCACGAAACCGGCGCACACUGGAACUGGGAAUACGCGCAAGCUAUUGUGAACACGGGCACCCACGGAAAUAAAAGCACAGUAGUGGUAGAUGAGGAUAGUGGGAAGUCCUUCGUCGUGCUCGGGAACAGAGAAACGGUGCAAGAGGAGAAGCUGUUGGAGGAGAUGGCGAUGUGUGGUGUUGGCAGGAUUGGCUCUCUCAGGAGGACCCUCGCGUUGUUAUUUUUGUUGUUUUAA